UUACCAGGCUGCAGCUAACAAGAAGCGGCAAGGUUAACAUCGGAGGUAUAUGAGACCUGGGCAGUCAGCCUGUGGUGCCAGUUGAGCCCAAGAAAGUUGGUGCAGCCACACAAGUACCCAGCAGGGUGAAGUCUCCUUGAAAGGAGAAUCAACUGCGUGGGAUCAGAGGGACAGGACUCUACAAUCGAGGUGACAGAGGCACUUUCCACUAUUGUCCAAUUGCAACAGCGUGUUGGAGCAUCCUCAGGAAAUCGGGGUGGAGUACAGCCGGCCACACAAGCCAUAAAUUCUUUCUAGUUCUAAGCUGAAGACUCUUUUGUAAGACUGCUGCUUUGGUUAGGACCUGAUUCUGUUUAGUGUCACAGACAGACAGGCAGACACAUAGACAGCCACCUACCUCAGUUUCUGAUAGUGACUUCUCAGCCCACAAAUCUAAAUCACAAUGGAUGCUGAAUAUGUCUUAUGUAAUUGGAGAGGCCAGAUGUGGCCAGCGAAAGUGUUAUCUAGGUCUAAAAUUUCAUCAGCUGAGGGAGAAAGUGCAUUGUACCUAGAAGUUCAAAUACUCUCACUAGAUGAAAGAGUAAAGGUAGAGAGCACAGGAACAAAGAUCCUAAAUAAAUCAGAAAUUGAAGCCAUUAUUUCCUCCAUAGCAGUACCAUCAGAGGUCAGUGCUCUACCUAGAGAGGAAAUGCCUUAUGGAAGAGCACUAAAAGAGGCUCUGGAUAUCCUGAAUAAGAGAAAAAAUUUGAAUCAAGCAAGCAUUACAGAUGAAGAGACUGCUGCACACUCUGAAAAUGUACGCCAUGAUCGGUCUUACUUACCACCUCGUAAAAGGUAUAGGAAGCAGGAAGAAAAUGUAUCAAAAUGUCUUAAAGGGAAUGAAGACCAAAAGUCCCUGUUACUCUCUGCAGUGAGCGACAAAUCUCUGCCUCAUGGCAAAGCAGAGGUACAGCCAAGUGUUCAUGCUAUACAAAAUGAAGUAGAAAUAAAGUCACCACAAAAUUACAGGCAUUGCCAGACUUUCUCUUUGCUUUCAGAAGAUGAUGGUAAAAAUGAGAACAGGAAACUAAUCUCAAAACUGAUGGCUAAAAAUUGUACAUUGGAAGAGGAGAGUGAGUACGUUAAAUAUGAAAAGUGUGUUGCAUCUUUGUCAGCAGAUAUCCUCAGUGCAUCCAACCCUUCAGAAGUGGAAACACAAGACACGAGCCCAAAUACUCUGCCUGUUUCCUCCGAAGGCUCUACCUUCUCUGAGACUAUUGAAGACCCUGAAGAAGGUCCCUCAAAUCCAAAUCUAUGCUUAGAUGCCAGCCAGAAUCCACCUUGUGUGGAGUCAGAGGUGGAUACUGCCACAUCCCCUCCAGCUUGCUCAGGGGAAUGUGAGGCUUCAUGUAGCGCCCCUAACCCUGUUGUACAUUAUUCAUUUCUUGUAAAUAAUGAAAGAAGUCUUCAGAGACAGGAGAUUGGGGAAUUUGAGGAAGACGCUCAAGCUUCUGAUAAGGCACUGCCUCUAAAUCGUGCUAGUGCUUGUGCAUUAGAUGACAGAGAAGAAGAUGAAGAACUUCCUCGCUUUCUUUUACAUUAUGAGCCACGGGCAUUUGAAACAGGAAUGGUAGUCUGGUUUAAAUACAAAAAGUACCCCUUUUGGCCAGCAGUGAUAAAAAGCAUCAGGCAGAAAGAGAGAAAAGCAAGUGUGGUUUUCAUUGAGGCCAGCAUGAGUCCAGAAAAGAAAGGUGUUAGAGUCCUUUUCCGAAGAUUAAAGAAAUUUGAUUGUGAAGAAAAGAAAGACCUAGUGGAUAAAGCCAGGGAGCAGUACAGCGAAAGUAUUGACUGGUGCAUCUCACUGAUUUGUGACUAUAGGGUUCGAAUAGGUUGUGGAUCUUUUUCAGGUUCUUUUCUUGAGUAUUAUGCUGCAGACAUUAGUUAUCCAGUGAGGAAAGUAAUCCAACACGAUACUCUAAGGUAUAGAUUUCCAAAGCUGCCUAGUGAAGAUACUGUGGAACAAAUGGUUGUGACUUCCCAGUCCAAGAAAAUGUCCUUCCAGAAAAUUCUCCCUGACCGCAUGAAGGCUGCUCGAGACCGAGCCAACAGAAAUCUGGUGGACUUCAUUGUGAAUGCAAAGGGCACAGAGAGUCAUCUUCUGGCCAUUCUAAAAGGCACAAAAGAAUCCAGAUGGCUGAAGUCAUUUUUACAUCCAAACAGGUGCACACCCUGUAUUGAAACAUACUUUGAAGAUGAAGAUCAAAUAGAUGAGGUGGUGAACUAUUUGCAGGAAAUCUACAAGCAAAUCGACCAAAAGAUGUUAACACUGAUAAAAGAUGACAAAAUUAAUUUUAUCCUGGAAGUUCUUCUGCCCGAAGCAAUUAUUUGUUCCAUUUCUGCUGUUGAUGGAUUAGAUUAUGAGGCAGCUGAAGCAAAGUAUCUGAAAGGACCAUCUCUAGGCUACAGGGAAAGGGAGUUAUUUGAUUCAAAAAUCAUAUUUGAAAAGAGACGGAAACCAGUAACUAAUGAAGCGCAUUAGGCAUCUCAAGUUGAAACCUGUUGUGUUUUCACAGAUGAAAGCUUUCGUAGAUACUAGUUUUAAAGAAUCUGUAGCAGUUCUUUCUACCAUAUUAAUAUUCCUGACAGUGGGAGCCUUUGGCUAAUGCUUCCACCUGCUUUUAAUAUUGUCUACGACCUGCAGAUGGCACUAUAUUUUUAUUUUCUUGUGCUUCUUCAGACACAAUUUUGUUACAAUGU